GUUUCGGGAUGUCCACACCGGCAACGGUCGCUGGCAAAGCCUUCCUCAUCGUUUAUGGUCUCUUUGGGUGUGCCGCAACAAUCCUCUUCUUCAAUCUCUUCCUGGAGCGCAUCAUCUCCCUGCUCGCUUUGGUGAUGAAGGCUUGCCGCGAGAGGCAGCUGAGGAGGAGCGGCCUUCUACCUCCAACCUGCCGAAGGGGCUCAUCCAUGUCCGACGUCGACAGCCUGAUUGGGUGGAAGCCAUCAGUCUACCACGUGAUGCUGAUCCUGGGAAUCCUUGCCAUUACUAUCGCUUGCUGUGCCUCGGCCAUGUACACCGCCGUGGAAGGGUGGAAUUACAUCGACUCCUUGUACUACUGUUUCGUCACCUUCAGCACCAUUGGGUUUGGCGACCUGGUGAGCAGCCAAAACGCCGUGUACCGAAAUCAGGGAUUAUACAGAUUUGGGAACUUCAUGUUUAUAUUGAUGGGGGUCUGCUGCAUCUACUCCCUUUUUAACGUCAUCUCGAUUGUAAUCAAGCAGGUUUUAAAUUGGAUGCUCAGAAAGUUCCGGUGCCGGUGCUGUCCAGAUUGCCAUAAACCAUCCGCUCGCCUCGGGCGCCGCAAUGCCAUCACGCCGGGGUCCCGUUUCCGCCGGCACAACAUCUCUAUGGAGACGGACGGACAGUACGACAGCGACACAGAGGGGAGGCGGCUUUCGGGUGAGAUGAUCUCCAUGAGGGAUCUCACCGCCUCCAACAAAGUCUCCCUGGCCCUCCUGCAAAAGCAACUGUCUGAGACGGCCAAUGGCUACCCUCGGAACGUCUGCAUAAACACGAG